AUGGCCAGGAUAUCGCCUAGAUUGAUCAAAGAUGCUUACUCGAUAUCUCCAUUGCUCCCAUACUUCCUCAGAGCAAAUCCCAACAUCUCUUUGGCAAAGCAAGAGUUGAAAUGGGUCCAGGAAGAACUCCCUCAGUCAGAAUGGAGGAAAGCUGCGCGAUCCAGACAUAACUUGUACCCACUCCAAUAUAUACUCGGGUCUCAGCCCUUUGGAUCGUUGGAUAUAAUAUGCAAGGAAAAGGUACUUAUACCGAGACCGGAGACUGAAGAAUGGGUACUUCGGCUUUGCAGUGUUCUCAAGGAAUCUGCUCAAAAUUUAUCAAUUGUAGAUGCUUGUACUGGCACAGGAUGCAUAGCACUACUCGCCAAACAUGAAUUGAAGGAUUCAGCAAAAGUUGCGGCAUUCGAUAUUUCUACAGAUGCAUACCAGUUGUCUAUGUUGAACCGAGAUGCUCACAAACUAGACGUUAACAUCGUGAAAGCUGAUUUGUCCGAACCAGCACAGUUGAUGCACAUAUGCAGCCUGUUUGACCUUAUUUUAUCGAACCCCCCAUAUAUCCCUCUCAGUGACUACAAGUUACCGGUAACAUUAAACGGAAUAGAGAAAUCUGUUCGUAAGUUCGAACCAAAGCUGGCACUCGUAGGAGAAAUGGAGUUUUAUGAUCUACUUGUACAAAACUUGGUUCGACCAUUUGGCGCUAGUGGAUUCGUAUUUGAAUUAGGCUAUAGAGAACAGGCAGAAUUCAUAAGGAAGCAGUUUUGCGAAGAGGAAUGGGGGUCUGGCAUAUUGAAAGAUUAUUCGGGUAACGUCCGGUGCUCCAUUGGUUGGAAGAGGGGCUCGAACUUAGAUAUUUUGGAACGGCUAUGUGAUGAAGUAUUGUAG